AUGCUGAAAACUGGCAAGGAUCUCUCGCAGGGCCAGGCCUUCCACCGGCAGCUGCUCAGCGAGUACAACACGGAGAUUACGUUGGAAAAUUACGUCUCUUACUUUGAUCUGAAGCCAAUUGCGAAGAAGAUCGAGCACAUUCGGCAGGAAUUGGAGUCCACGUACCGUGACCGAUAUACCCACCGCGGUGUCAGCGACGGUACCUCGGUGACGUCAGCGUUGACGAGUGCCGAACGGCCGCAUGGCAGCACCACUACCAUCUUCAUUGACCCGCUCUCGCCGCUCUUCUUUGAAUCACCCGGCUUCGCGGAGCUGAAGGCGACUGACAGUGGUCUGGCAGAGCUCGUCCAGAACCGCAUCCAGCUACAGGAGAAGUUCUUCGAGAAGCUACAUGAGUCAUACCUGCGUGUGAAGCACUACCUCAUCAAGCUCGAGUGCAGCUUUGUCAACUCUGUGGCGGAGCUACGCACUUUCAAUGAAGACCAUAUCCGCAACGAGCUCCCGCACGACUACAUUCCAUCGCUUUACCUGAAACUUGAAAUCAUCGCCAAGUACCGCGCACUUAAUCUGAUCGCGUUCCGCAAGAUCCUGAAAAAGUUCCUGGAGCGGUGCGCCUGCGACAGUCUCGAGCUCCUGCAGCGCGUCAUCAAUAUUGACCGGCUCAUCUACGCGAGUAACGUCUCACAGCCCUCCAUUGACUUCCGGAGCGCGGCGCUCGACCUCAUUGUCGUCUACGGCACCGUCUUCCGGCUCACGUACGAGCAGGCCGUCCGCCACAUAAAGCAGUACGAGAACCGCACCGGCGUCAACGCGCAGCGUAUCCUGCCAAACAGCCAGACCUUCUUUGUCGCCGACGCCUUCCCCCACCACGAGCGCGCGGGCCGCUUUGCGGUCCGGGUGCUCUCCGGCACGUGCAGCCUCUUUUGCGAGAAAAUGAUCACCGAGGUGCUGCAGUGCCCGCGCUAUCCCGGCAACAGCUGCGGCCGCUUUGCGAACGGAGAGAUCAGCGUGACCCUGCAGUGCCCUGUCCGCGGCGAUGACGUGUUCGUCGUGCAGUCUAUGGUCGCCCUCGAGUCAGAAAACCUCAGCAACUCGGGGGCGCUGAUGGAGCUGGCACUGCUGGUUCACUCGGUGCAGCUCGCGGCAGCGGCGCGCAUUACGGCCGUCAUUCCGUACCUCUCGUACACGCGCAACGUUGCCUCCAUCUCGGCCGUGGCGGAGUUGAUUGAGUCGGUCGGCUGCCACCACGUCAUCACGGUGGACAUGCACAGCGACCAAGUGGAGGGUAUGUUCUCCAUCCCGAUUGAGGGCAUCUCGGCCAUGUAUGAGUUUGUGCGGUACAUCUCAAAUCUCCUGGAGAGCGAGGGAAACACGUUCGAGAACAUCACAGUCGUCGCGCCAACUGGUGAGUUCCUCGGUCGCGCAAAGGAGUUCGCGGAUGCGCUGAUGCGGUAUAACCACCUCGACAGCGCCACGCAGUUCGUGUCGGUGUGCACGGCGGUGCGGCGAGUGGAGACGCAGCAGUCCGUGUGCACCAACGGCGGCAACCGCGACGACUACGAGAUGCCGCGCGCAUGGGUAGAGCACCACCGCUGCGUCAGCCCCUCCGUGCCUGAGGAGCUGGUACAUCCGUCCAAGUGGCAGCAGGUUCAGGUGCCGGUGACGCGGAAUGUGGAGUGCUGCACACCGAACAGUAGCGGCGUCGCUAGCGUGUCGACGAGCCACUUCUUGAUAAACACCCCCACCGACGCCAGCGGGAUACAGUAUCUGCAUAGUCCCACUACGCCCAGCGCCGCAGAUGCUCUGGCAGCGGAGCUAGUUGCCGUCGUCGGCAGCGAAUCAGCGGUUGUGGGUCCUGGCAUGCACAACAACUACAUCAGCACCAACAGCACCGCACAGGACGGUCUCCACAGCCUUCUGCUGCACCGCCACCAUGACGCAGGCGUGCACCACAGCAGCAGUACCCUGGGUAUCGAGAAGGCACUUCGGCAGCAGGAAGAGGGCCGCCAGGCGCUCAUCCUGCGAAAGGAGGCUGUUCGCAGCGAGUAUAAGAACUACGCCCUUGUCGGCGAUGUCGCGGGACGUCUGUGCAUUAUCAUCGAGACUGUGAUCGAUGAGGCCAUUAACAUUGCACACGUGGCGCGCUGUCUACAAGAGCACCGCGCAGAUCGCAUUAUCCUCAUUGCCACUCACGCUGUGAUGUCUGGCAAAGCGGUUGAUGUGCUCAUCGAGUCGCCCAUUGACCUGAUCGUGGUUACGGAUAGUGUGAAUCAGGACGAGCUCAUGAAGAACCCGGCCCUGGCGCGCAAGCUGCGCGUCGUACCGAUUGCCCCACUGCUCGCGCGGGCAAUCGAGAAGAUUCACAGCGAGAACACGCUCGCGACACUCUUCGAAAAGUCGUAG